CUCGCUCCCUCCUGUGACAUUCACAUCUAUACCUGAAAAUCUAGAGCCCAUCUAGGCCUACAGCGGUGAAGAUGAUAGAGAUCACAGAAAUCCAGAAGAUUGGUGUGGGACUCGUGGGCUUUGGGAUGUUUUUCCUCCUUUUUGGAGUGCUAUUGUACAUGGAUUCAGUGCUACUGGCCUUCGGAAAUAUCCUGUUCCUCUCCGGCCUGGCCAUUAUUAUUGGACUAAGAAGAACCUUUGGUUUCUUCUUCCAGAAGCAGAAGUUUAAGGGAACUAGUUUCUUUUUGGGAGGCAUAUUUAUUGUCCUGUUUCGGUGGCCUGUCCUGGGCAUGCUUCUGGAGACCUAUGGCUUCAUUAACCUCUUCAGGAGCUUCUUCCCAAUCGCCUUUGGAUUUCUGGGAUCACUGGUGAACAUCCCAUUUUUAAGUAAGCUGUUCCAGAAACUUGGAGAUACCAGCUCCAUGGUGUAGCCUGGAUAAGUGGCCUGCUGCAAGAGACAACUUCCCCUCCUACAAGCAAAUAGACUUUUUUUUUAAUGAAGAGCAUGUUGUCUUCAGAGUGGUAUGCCACUGAGUGCCCCUCCCCGCCCAAUUCAUAUAUUUAAAGGCCCUUGUGUGAUCACCUACAGGAGUGUGCAAGGUCACUGGCAGGUUCAUGCCCCAAUUGUCUGGAGGUGCUCAAUGCAAGAGUGGUUACAAUUGGGUAAAGUGUGAAGUCCUACAUCCUGCUGGUUCAUACAGAUGCUGGGGCUGAACAAUAGAUAUGAACAACGGCUGAGUGAGCAUCGGUGUGCCUGGGCACAUUUCUGUUUACAUGAUGUUUUUAGCAACAAACCAGCGUUUAGGACUUCUUGUUAAGUUGCUCCCAGAAAGACUCAUCCCUUUCACCUUCCAAAUAUCUACAGUAGUGUGCAUAAGCAAAGUACCCAGUUUCUUUUAUUUCUCUGACACGAUGUAUACACUGAUAUUUUUUUGUCCAUUGUAGCCUGUAGUUAAACAGGUCCUGUAGCAUCGCAGAACCUAUUUCCCAGAGAUAACAGUGGUGGAUACACCAAGCGCAAUUAUGCUCUUUCAUAUCAACUUUCUGAAAUAUUCAGUCACAGGUUAUACUGGAUUCAAGGCAUAGGAAGAAUGUGAGCUCACAGAAAAUGAGCCAUAAUGUGUCAGAAAUUUCAAACUGCAGAGAUUAAUUGAAGUGUGUGUCGUUUUUAAGUCAAGAUCAAAGGCAUAUUUUGAAUGCUAGCACACUAUCAAAACUAGUCUUACCUCACUAGCCAAAGACAGUGAUAGGAAGGGGGGGAAUUGACAUGAGUGUGAGAAAUGUUAUUCUGGGUUUUAUGUUCAUUUCAAAAUUUACAAUAAAAAGAUUAUUGUGGGGCAGGGCGGGGUUGCAAAAUGAUAUGCAGUUUAAAAAGAUACAACCUGUAGUUUGGAACAAUGUCUAUUUAACAGAGUGUGAACACUGUGAUCCCAACAUGCAAAUAUUUUUAUUUUCUUUUUUUUAUUUAACUAAACAUAAAUGUUGAAUGAUAUCAAAUAUACAGUGUUCAUCAAAA